AUGGUCCGCGAUAUCGACCUCCAGAAACCGUCAGAUCUCAUCCGGUGGGGCCUCCUGCUCCCCCCAUCCACCGACCUCGGCACCGCCGCAACUGACCCGGGCUUGCUGCUCCUCGCUCGUGGUAUGGGUAUGCUCGCCCUGUGCAUGCGCGGCUGGAACCUGCCGUGGGCGUCCAAGGAACCUUACUCCUCCCUCCCCAACCUCACUCCGGCGCGGCUUGGCGAGAUGUAUUCCCGCACGCAUACGGCGCUCGUGCACCGCUUCGAGAUCCUAGGUAUUGGUGACAGAAAGGACAGCAUCAAAAAGGACAAUGGCGAGGACUCCGAAGACACCCACACGAUAAGCUCAGGCUCAGGCUCGGUGGUGGACCAGACCAACGUCGGUAUUCUGCUUUAUGAAAGGGCCAACUUCCGCUCGCUGCUCAAACACCCCAACCAGGCUCCACCUGCCGUCCGUUCGGCCCUUGCUGAGGCGCUUGGUGCUGACAUGAUGGCUCUUGAACUCCCAGCUACCCAACCUCCGCACGACCUUGCCGCGGCCGAGUCGUGGCUGAGCAGCCAGAUAAUGUUUGCGCUCGAGGAUCCCGUGUGGGGCGAAGAUGCCGUCCCUGCUGUCGAUACCGAGUACGACUGCGACCAUUGCCGCGAGGACAGCUACACACCGUGGGAGCUCGUGUGGAAGUACUACUCCCGCCGCGAUCUGGCCGUCCACAGGCUCAGCUACCACUCUCCCCUCGCUACGGGCCACCGCUGGCUCGAGUCCCUCCGCCAUGACCCGCCCGAGGUGAACGGCAAAGUCCAGCCGCCAAUGUUUGUGUGUCCCGGAUACGAGUUCACUAAGCGCCUCGGAACGCAGGUGUGCGGUAAGAGCUUCCGCACCCACGAAGGCCUCGCCGACCACAUCCUCCGCACCCACUUUGACGAUGUCGGCGCUUGCCUCCCGGCUCGGUACCUGUUGCCUUUUGCCGAGCUCGCGGCUGAACGCACGCCCAUGGACAAGCAUGCGCAAAUCAUGAAGAACUGGUUGCCCAAGAUCCACGACUGGGCUCGUGCCGAGGACGCAAACAACGACAGCGAGCAGACUCGCCGCUUUACCGAGUUUAUGGAACGUCACCCGCCCUCCGAGGAGUUUUGGAAGGUCCCAACACGCUACCUUGGUGGAGAUGAGACGCCAAAGCAGCACGUGGGAACGAGUGCCAUCGAUGAGGAGAAGAGUGUGGUUGAGGAGCAGCCUUUGAUGGAGGAAAAGACCGCCAGUGAGGAGGACCCCGAGAAGCAGCUCGUGGGUGACAAGUGUGGUAUUGAGGAGACGUCCAGCUUCAAAGGAGAAUCGGGUCACUGA